UAGCGUUUGGCUUCCCAUUGUGCAGAAACCCUUUCCUUUGCAAGUCUUCCAAAAACCUCGAGCAAAAUCACUCUUCCUCCUUCGUUUCGGAAACAGUCGCUGCAUUUGGAUGCAUAUUUGUUUUACUUUAAAACAUGCCCACUCACCGAUUUAUCUUCUCCUUGCUUCGCCGUAAUGGCCACCAUUUACAGUCACGGGAUCGUUGGAUCUCCUCCACCGCCCAUCUCGACAACUCGUGGAUGAACACGAUUAAAGGGGUCUUCACCGGUCAAAAGGACACAGAUUCUUCACAGACCACAGCAAAUGAAUCAUUCACUCUCCUACGCUUUGCUGAGGAAUUGAGCAAAGCAAGAAAGGUUGGUUCUUUCAAGAAUUACAUAGUUGGGAGAAGCAGUGCAGCUACUUUUGCCGAUGCAUUCGAAAAGCAGGAGGCCAUUAUUCGAUUCCUUGGAGGUUUUGACCCAACUGGAGAGAAUAUUCUACCUACUCAAAAGCAAGAAGCGGCAAAACGCUGUAAUUGUACUAUAGUUGAGGUGGAGAAUACAUUAGCCAAAUUUACAUGGGCUAAGGAAGCACAAAGGAAAAUUGAAAAGAUGAAAGAAGAAGGGAAACCCUUGCCAACUAGCUUGACUGAGGUUCAAAAGCUAAUGGGCUCCACACCAAUGGAUCUUGCAAGGUCAAGCAUGGCUAAGAGUGGGCAGAUAAGUAGGAAUGCGUUAUGCCCAUGUGGCUCCAAGAAAAGAUAUAAAAGGUGUUGUGCUAAAGAUGAAGAGAAUAGAAAGGUUUAGAAGACAAUUCAGUUAACCACUACAAAGAAUCAUGGAAGAUGAUAAUAUCCAUAGGAUAUAGGAACUCAACAAUGGCUGGUGUCCCCCCGGUUCUUCUUCAAAUGUCCCAGUUAUUUACCAAAUUGAAGUGUCGAAUGUUGUGACAUGUACUCUACAGGAUGACUAAUUGUUGUGAAAGUUGUCAUUUUUUCUUUAACUUUUGAACUAAAAAUAAGUUACAUUAAGAGGCUCUGUUUGACAACUAU